AUAGCCUUCAAUUUCAGUCUAUUUCUUCACAGACUCAGUGACCAAAGCAUCUGGAAACAGACAAAUGCUUAUUAUAUCUCUGCUUCGCCACUGCAUAAACCGUGAAAUCUUGGUCACUCUCUACAAUUUACUCUUACUAGUUUACAGAAAAGUCCAGUUCGCCUUUCGCUUAUUAGUCAUGACCCAGGUCAACAAUCACCAGCAACAAUCCUCCAUUGAUAAUCACCCUGCUUUUGAUCCCUCAGUGCCAUCAAUUCCAAUCUCAUACCCAAUCAAGACUAUUGAAGAACUUGAAUCUCGAGCUUACUUUGAGUCCUUUCACUACCCAUUUAACAGAUCCUCUGUUCCUCUUCCAAGCUAUGCUUUAUCGUUGCCUAAUAGGCGUAGGCUUCUUGUUUGCCAUGAUAUGCAAGGUGGUUAUGGAGAUGAUAAGUGGGUCCAGGGUGGGUCCAAUCCUGAUGCUUACUCAAUUUGGCAUUGGCAUUUGAUUGAUAUUUUUGUUUACUUUUCACAUUCUUUGGUCAAUUUGCCUCCUCCUUGUUGGACUAAUACAGCUCACAGACAUGGCGUUAAGGUGUUGGGAACUUUCCUCACAGAGUGGGAUGAAGGGAGGCGUAUUUGCAAUAUAAUGCUUGAGACAGAGGAAUCUGCUCGAAUUUAUGCUGAGCGAUUGGCUGAGCUUGCUGUUGCUUUGGGUUUUGAUGGCUGGCUGAUCAAUAUGGAGAUUAAUUUGGAAGUGGAACAAAUUCAUAAUCUGAAGGAAUUUGUCAGUCAUCUUACUCGGACUAUGCAUUCCUCAUUGCCUGGAUCUUUAGUGAUUUGGUAUGAUGCUAUUACAAUUUAUGGACAGCUUAAGUGGCAAGACCAACUAAAUGAAUAUAAUAAACCUUUCUUUGAUAUAUGUGAUGGAAUUUUUGUGAACUACACAUGGAAGAGAAAAUAUCCAAAACUUUCAGCUGCUGUUUCUGGUGAUAGAAAAUUUGAUAUCUACAUGGGUAUAGACGUAUUUGGAAGAAAUACUUAUGGUGGUGGACAAUGGAAUACAAAUGUUGCGCUUGAGUUGUUAAAGGAAGAUAAUGUUUCUGCUGCCAUAUUUGCUCCGGGAUGGGUGUACGAGACUAAACAACCGCCUGACUUUCGGACUGCUCAAAAUUGUUGGUGGGGUCUUGUGGAAAAAGCAUGGGGAAUAACAAACAAUUAUCCCAAAAUACUACCAUUUUAUUCAAAUUUUGAUCAGGGUCAUGGCUAUCAUAUUUCGGUUGAGGGAGUACCAGUAAUAGAAGCUCCUUGGAACAACACAUCUUGCCAAGGUUUUCAGCCUUUUCUUAAGUUCAUUGAUGGCCCAAUUCCUACAACUAUUCAAGUCCUUGUUGAUGUCAAAGAAGCAUCUUAUAAUGGAGGAGGAAACAUCACAUUUAAAGGAUUUCUUCAAGACAAUGCUCAUAUCACUACAAGGCUCUUUCAGGGAGAGCUUGAUUUGGGGAAUCAGCGCUUCCACCUUUCAUAUUCUGUGAAAUCAGAGGGCGACUCACUACUAGGCCUUUCUCUUCAGUUCUGUUCUACCACGAAUGAGAAGAAAUCAGUUCUUGUUGCAUCCCAAGAUGUGAACCAAUUCUCUAGCAAAUUCAGUCAAGUGGUCAUUGCACGUCAAAUUAAAAAAACAAGAAUGGAUACAGAGUGGGUCAUUUACGAGGGUAGCAUUGCAUUGGACGGGCACAAAUUAACAGACAUUCAUGCUGUGUGCUACAAGCUGAGGCCUUUACAUGGUGAACUGAGAUCAGAAUACAGAAUAGAUGGUAGUCCUGUGAAUUAUUUUGCUAUACUUGGUCACAUUUCUAUUAAAAACUCGGAAGCACACUCAUAUUUGCCUCCAUCCAGUUCAUGGCUAGUCGAAGGUCAAAAUAUCAAAUUUAGCUCUGAUUCUCAGGAAUCCAGAACUGUCAGUUUGAAGAUCAUCUGGGGAUUGAAAGACAAACACGAUCUUUUUUUCCCAAAGUACAAUAUUUAUGUACAGAAACUGGCAAAACCAGUCGAAGGAAAUCCAGAUGGACAUAUAAAAGGCUCUUGUCAGUAUCUUGGAGUGGCACAAGUUACAGCUUUUUAUGUUUCUGAUCUUUUUAUUCCUUCUGAUGCUUAUACUCUCAAAUUCAUUAUUCAAGUGUGUGAUUCUGAAGGGUCUUGUCAAAAGCUGGAUGAUGCUCCGUAUUUUCAACUUGAUAUUGAAGGUCAGUAAGUCGCAGUGUUAUUCCUUUUUGAUAUAAUGCAGAUAUAUUGAUUGUAUUUAACCAGUUUCGUACCAUGACUACAAUUCUUUUCUGAUAUUAUGCUUUCGAAGAUGGCUGGUGGGUGUCCUUGAAAUUCUGAAUGGAACCAAAUGUGCUUUAUUUCUUGAUCUGUUAAGCAGGGUACAAAAUUUAUAUGGAUGAUUAUUUGUUCUUA